AUGACUACCCGAUAUCGCGUCGAGUAUGCGCUUAAGACGCAUCGCCGUGAUCAACUGAUCGAAUGGAUCAAAGGUCUCCUGGCUGUGCCUUUUGUCCUGCACUCCCAGCCCACCGUCAUUUACCAGAAUCAUAGCGAGAUUCUCAAGACCGUCGCAGCCGACACACACCAGCGCUAUGCAGAGAUCAUGCUGGAUGUGGAGAAUUUGAUCUCCGACCACAUCCAACACGAAGCGGCCGCACUCCCCGGAAAGUCGAAAUUGAAACUCCUCGUGCCAACCGUAGGAACAUUCUUCACGGCACUACAUCUCCAAGAAGCCUUCAACUACCAAGACGAGCGGCGCUUCAUAAGUCGUAGACGCUUCGUCGCCCCCUCCUUCAACGACAUCCGUUUGACCCUCAAUUCAGCCCAAUUGCUGGGUCUAGUCCGAUCCAGCACCGUCGAACUCGUCACCUUCGAUGGAGACGUCACUCUCUACGACGACGGGAAAAAUCUAACACCGUCCAACCCAGUCAUCUCACGCAUUCUACGCCUCCUCGCUCAAGACCGGAAAGUCGGCAUCGUCACGGCUGCCGGGUAUGAGGAGGCACCAAAGUAUUAUGAACGCUUAUAUGGACUUCUCGAUGCGGUGCACAGCAGCGCUGAUCUCACAGAGGCCCAGAAAGAAGGAAUUAUCGUCAUGGGUGGUGAGAGCAAUUUCCUCUUCCGGUAUGAUAGGACUCAGGAUUGUAAGCUAUCCUACGUCCCUCGUGAAGAGUGGCUACUGGAUGAAAUGAAUGCGUGGAAAGAGGAUGAUAUCAAAGAAUUACUUGAUCUGGCCGAGAACGCUUUGCGUACUUGUAAAGAUACGCUGAAUUUACCUGCUGCCGUGCUGAGGAAGGAUCGGGCUGUUGGUGUUUAUCCAGUUAAUGGGGUGAGGAUUAAUCGUGAGCUUUUGGAAGAGACUGUUCUUGUUGUGCAGAAUACUGUUGAGAGGUCGGCUGUUGGGGCUAGGUUGCCUUUCUGUGCUUUUAACGGCGGAAACGAUGUAUUCGUGGACAUUGGUGAUAAAUCUUGGGGUGUGCGUGCUUGUCAACAAUACUUUAACGGCAUUGAUCCGGGCAAGACACUGCAUAUCGGUGAUCAAUUCUUGUCUGCUGGUGCAAAUGAUUUCAAGGCUCGUCUUGCUUCAACCACGGCGUGGAUCGCCAGUCCCGCAGAAACUGUCGAUCUACUUGAUGAGCUGGAGGCUGCUGUUGCGGUCAACUAG